ACCACUACAAAGAAAAAAAUUAAAAGAUCCCACCUUUAUUUUCUUUCCAUCUCCAUUCUUUCUCCUUUUCUCUCCAUCAAAAAAUAUAAUUUCAAACUUUUUUCAUCAACUUUCUUCACAUAAUCAACAACCCUUUUCUCAGUUGAUCAAUACCCAUAUUCCUGAAAAUGAUGCUUGGCAAUGAAAAUGGUGUGAAAGAAGGUGAUAACAAGUGGCCACCAUGGCUGAAACCGCUUCUAGGUACAAGAUUUUUUGGUCAAUGCAAGAAUCACCCAAGUGCUCACAAGAGUGAAUGCAAUAUGUUUUGCUUGGAUUGUAUCAAUGGAGCCCUUUGUUCUAUGUGCCUCUCUUCUCAUAAGGAUCAUAGAGCCAUUCAGAUAAGGAGAUCAUCAUACCAUGAUGUUAUACGAGUUUCUGAGAUUCAAAAGUACUUGGAGAUUACAGGGAUUCAGACUUAUGUGAUCAAUAGUGCUAAAAUUGUGUUCUUAAAUGAGAGGCCUCAGCCUAGGCCUGGUAAAGGUGUCACCAACACUUGCCUUGUUUGUGAUCGCAGCCUUCUUGAUUCAUUCUCUUUCUGCUCCAUUGGCUGCAAGAUUGUUGGGACGUCGAAGGACUUCCGAAAGAAGAAAAUGUCAAUGGAGAUGGGUGGAUCAGACUACUCAGAAGAAGAAUCAAUGAUUGAUACUGGAAAUGAAGGUGUCAAAAGGAUAUUCCGGGGAUUCACGCCAUCGACGCCGCCUCAGAUGACCGGAAUUUACAGGAGUGCAAAAAGACGGAAGGGAAUUCCACAUAGAUCUCCAAUGGGGGGAGGGCUUAUCUUGGAAUAUUGUUGAUGACAGAAAUUUGGUUAGUGGAGUUGGAAUGGAAAUAUGGAAUCAAUCCACUUCGAAUCCACCAAGAAUUACUAUAAUGUCCUAAGUGUUGUAGCAUGAUAUAUACAUUUACAGGUACCCUUUACUUUCUAGUUUCUUAUAGCAAAGAGAGAACGAAAGACACUUUCUUUAUGAAGCAAGAAAGAAAGCAACAUGCUGAGCUUUUGUCCAUGGAGGCCGGGUGUUGGAAAUCCAAGUCAAGUUUGUGUAUACAAAAAAGUGAAAGUUACAAAGUAUUUGAAAGUAGUAAGCUAUACUCCAUUCAAAUGAUUGGAGAGAUUGUAAUAGAGUUUGAUAUGGACUGUUUGAGUGUUUAGGAUUGUAAUGUAUAAACUGUGAUAUGCAGGAGGAGGUGCCUUAACUGUAAAUAUUCUUAACUAGUGAUGGAUGAAUAGGGAUGAUACUCCUUUGUGUAACUGUAAGAUAAAUAAAUGAAAUGAUGCAUAUUAAGUUA